AGGGAAGUUCAAAUAGAAUUCAGCGAGAGGUAUAUCACGUCUACUUUAUUUUGUAGAGAGUAUAGCUUGAGGGUAUGAAGGGCGGCUAGAUGAAGGAAAACAAGAGCCGCUAGAUAUAAGCAUGGAAAGCUUAAGAGGAAGAACUCCAUAGGACUCAUUUACUCAGCCAUUGAUGUCUGUGGAGCAGGCAAGUCUGUGCGCAUCCUCAGGUUGUAAGAGUGAAGCUCCUCAUGUGCUUUGGUCAGCAACUUGAGUUUGUUCUGGCACUUUUCCUGCGGAAAUUAUGUGCCGCUGACCUCGAGGCAAGUUUCACCAGCGAUUAGUUGAGCAAGGCACGUUUAUAUCCCAGGAAUUCGAGAAAGAAGUGGAGUGCUGGAACAAGUAUUAUAUUGAUCUCUGGGAAUACGCCCAGUAUCCUUUCCAGGGUAGACGCCACUCCCGCGAUCGUAGCUCUGGCCGGAAGAUAUCGAAAUCAUACUUCUCGAGCUUCUCGAGCCACAGCCUUGUUGCAAGUCCGGGCAUAAGCACUCCAAAGCCAUGCUCAAUCUCAUCGGCUUGAGAUGAACCCUUAGAGCUUGUCUCAUGAUACUGAUGCCCUUCUUCCCCUUCGUGUUCGAAAUCGUGGCCUGCAUCUUUGCCUUGCUGUAAAUUCUUCACCAUUUCCCUAGCAGUAAUCAAAUGAUCAUUUGCUCGAGUGGCCACAGUAAAUAUGGCAUCCUUCAAUCCUGGAGCUUCGGCACCUUGCCUGAAGAUCUCUUCUUCCUUAACUCCUGCUUGUGCCAUAAUAUCCAGAGGUAAAACAACGGAACCUUGCCUUGCUCCUGAAACUCCACCACCGAGUGCAGAACUAUUGUUGUGAUGAUUCGGAGGGGGUGGGAAAGCCAGUAAUGGCAGGCCUCUGAGCACCGCUGUAAUCCCUGUUGCCUUCCCGAUAUGGCUUGCUACAUGGUCUGCCGCUAAAGAAUGCAGAGGUAGAGCUGCCAAGGUCAAAUACAUUAAGGUAGAGUAUGUGUUUUCUGCAUAUAUUUCUAGGGCUUCCAUGCUCGUGUAUGGCCUAUUAUCCAUAUACUGCUCUCUUGCAUUGAUGACUUUCAUGAACCAUCCCUUCAUGACACUUGUACUGAUGCCAGGAUGUCGUUCUUGGAGCGAUUGAAGUGCAUAAUAGAGUAGUAUGGCAACAGGCUCUUUCGGAGGAGUCUGGGCAAAUGUGCGAGUGAUGUUAUCGCGCCAAAACUGCAUGCGGAAAGCUCCAACAGUAGGAUUUGAGACUAGAUCUGGUAUUCGAGCAAGCUCGAUAUUGAGGGCUCGAAUUGAAAGGUAUGCAUCUCGAGCAGAGGGAGGGACAAAAGUUUGGAGGGUGUAUGAAGGCGAAUCGAAUUUCCUAAUACCUGUCAGAAUCGUUUGCAUCAAUGGGGAGGUAAAAGCUUACUGCAAAAGAUUUGCGCAGUAUGUUCGAGCUGCAUGAACAUCUGCAUCUGUUAUUCGAGAUGGAUGGGGGGCUGGAGUGCUGUACGAGGUUGUGGCAUAUGUCCGCUUUGCGCCAACUCUGAAUCCAGUCCGACUCCCCAGUCGUACGCCUGCCCAUCCAUAAGACAUUAAGACAGAGACAUUGAUGUACAAGUACAGGAGAGGCAGUGCUGUUGCGGCAAGGCAGUGAUAUUGAGAGAAAUCACAAAAUCCCAGCAAAGUUCAAGGACGUCAGUGAAAGCUCAUUUACGCGAGAGUCUCGCGGUGCCUAGAAACUCCGGCGCGUCUUCUUAAUUUCAGCUUCAUCACCCAAAUGUACUAAGCAGCACAAACAACAUCGAUAUGAGUUUCGCAGAUUCGGAAGGUCCGCCUACGAAGAAGAGGAGAUUCUUUACAGAAAAAUCCGAUAUCCUUGACGGCUCAUUAGCCCACGAUGCCUUUUUACCAGACGAGGUUGACGCGUUUUCCCCAGACUUGCCCCAAGACCCAGGAAAUCAGUCCCAAGCUUUUAUCACACCAAAACCCCGAGAAGAGAAGACUGCUGCUUCCAAUGAGUCAACUCGAAGCGAUGGUCCCAUCGGCUUUGACCAGGAAACCUUUCAAAGCUUCGUGGGAGACAAAGUACCAGCUAGGAUACUGAAGCAGUUGCGGGCGGCGUCCGGGGACGAUAUGGAACGAGCUGUCAAUAUGUACUUUGAUGGAUCAUGGAAGACUGCUGCGCCGGUAUCGAGUACCGCAUCCCACAUGAGGACGAUGACGAUCAAUGGGUUUGCAAGAUCUAACUCCAGCGGCUUGAAAGACAAGCAAACGCCACCAGCCAAGAUUGAGCAAACAUUUUCCAAUUAUGAGUUAAAAAACGCUAUGCCCGAAUAUCGAUACGUGGGUGCCUUUGGAGUCGAGGGAUGGGCAACGCGGAGCGGAACAAACUUGGUCAAGCAUGGAGAGGUUGUACGCAUUGAGAGACAGAAGAUAUUGCCACCUAAAGUGCCUGUUGGAAAGGGCAGAGGCAGACUAGCUCAGGUUCAAGCAGCGCCGAAGCCAGGCAGUGCAGCAGCCAAACGAGUGGAUGUCAUUGUACGUUUUACCAACUCGAGGGGUGAGGAAAUAGGAAGACUCUCAAGAGAUGUUGCGAACUGGGUUUCAACGCUGUUGGACCAGAAGGUGUGCCGUUUCGAAGGGAGUUGUGUCUAUGCACCAGAGAGGAUAAGAACCAACGACACGGUAUUUCUACAGUUGAGGUGCUCAUUGCUUCGAUCAGCCUUCGACAAUGGCGGUUUCAAGCCGCCUGAGAACCGCCAGACUGGACUUUUUGAACAGAAAGAAUCGCCGGAAGAAAAGGAGCUUCGAUUACGUCAAGUAUCGUUGGUGAAACUAUUUGAGGAAGUAAAGUUGCUCCCUUCGAGGACAUCAGAAGCUACGGCCAAACACAAGCGUGAAGGAUUGCUCCAAGCUGCCGAAGUUGCAGAGCAAUAUGAAAACCAGAAAGCCAAGAAGGAUGACUCGGUAGUAAAUGGAGGAUCAUCUCCUCCAUCUGAAGAGGUAGAGGACGGCAAGGAGUUAGAGCAGGAUCAGCUUGACACUCUUUACAAGAAGGCUCAGUCUUUUGACUUUGACGCUCCAGCGGCUGAACCCGCCGAGACUUUUGCCAUGGAUCUACGUCAAUAUCAAAAGCAAGCAUUGCAUUGGAUGAUGUCAAAGGAGAGGGACGAGAAGGAUGAGAACAGGGAAGAGUCUAUGCAUCCGUUGUGGGAAGAAUAUGCCUGGCCGGUCAAGGAUAUGGACGAUAAGGAUCUUCCCCAGGUUGUCAGUCAAGAUAAGUUCUACGUCAAUCCAUAUUCUGGAGAACUUUCUUUGAACUUUCCAGUCCAAGAACAACACUGCUUGGGUGGUAUUCUUGCGGACGAAAUGGGUCUGGGUAAGACAAUCGAGAUGAUGAGUCUGAUACAUUCUCAUAAGUCAGACAUUGCAAUGAAGCUGCAAGGAAUCCGGAGUGGUCUCUCUUCUGUCAAUGCCCUGCCACGACUUCCUGAAAACUCGUCUGCUGUGGAAGCCGCUCCAUGUACGACCCUCGUGGUUGCACCAAUGUCUCUUCUUGCACAAUGGCAAAGCGAGGCUGAGAAUGCCUCCAAAGAGGGUACGAUGAAGAGUAUGGUAUACUAUGGAGCCGAGAAGUCGGCAAAUCUGCAGACCUUGUGCUGCGAGGCCAACGCUGCCACUGCGCCGAAUGUCAUCAUUACAAGCUAUGGUGUGGUUUUGUCCGAAUACAAUCAAGUCGCCGCUAGAAACGGAGAUCGUGGUUCGCACGGAGGACUAUUUUCUCUGAAGUAUUUCCGCGUCAUUCUAGACGAAGCACAUCAUAUCAAGAACCGCCAGAGUAAAACCGCCAAGGCAUGUUACGAGAUCGAUGCCGAGCAUCGGUGGGUGCUUACGGGUACGCCGAUCGUCAAUCGACUGGAAGAUCUGUUUAGUCUUGUCCGAUUCCUAAGAGUGGAGCCUUGGAGUAAUUUUUCGUUCUGGAAAACAUUCAUCACGGUGCCUUUCGAGUCGAAAGACUUUAUGCGUGCUCUUGAUGUUGUUCAGACUGUGCUUGAACCGUUGGUUCUGCGUCGUACCAAAGACAUGAAGACACCAACUGGUGAGGCUCUCGUGCCCCUGCCAUUGAAAACAGUUGAAAUAGUGGAUAUUGAGCUGUCAACGCCUGAGAGAGAAGUUUAUGAUCACAUCUUCACGCGAGCGAAGCGAACAUUCGCUGCGAAUGUAGAGGCUGGGACGGUCUUAAAAGCCUACACCAGCAUCUUCGCCCAGAUCUUACGUCUUCGUCAAACUUGCUGCCACCCAAUUUUGACAAGGAAUCAGAACCUAGUCGCAGACGAGGAGGAGGCGGCUGAGCUUGCGGAUGCUGCGAGUGGAUUAGCAGAUGACAUGGACCUCCAGUCUCUCAUUGAGCGUUUCACAGCUGCCACAGAUGAUUCGGCGGAUGCAAAUGUCUUCGGAGCCCACGUCCUUGAGCAAAUCCGUGAUGAGGCCGACAAUGAGUGCCCGAUCUGCUCAGAAGAGCCGAUGAUCGAGCAGACUGUCACUGGGUGCUGGCAUUCAGCAUGUAAGAAAUGCCUCCUUGAUUACAUUACUCAUCAAACCGACAAAGGCGAACUGCCCCGCUGCUUCAACUGUAGAGAAGUUCUCAACACUCGAGACAUAUUUGAGGUUAUCAAGGACGAUAGUCAUCCCGACAGCUUCGCUGGCAAGCCCAAGAUUAGCUUGCAGCGAUUAGGGUCUAAUUCGUCCGCAAAGAUUGGGGCGCUCAUGACCAGCCUCAAAACCCUCAGACGUGAGCUGCCCGGUACUAAAUCUGUCGUCUUCAGCCAGUUUACUUCGUUCCUGUCCCUUAUCGAACCUGCCCUCACUCGAGCCUCCAUACCAUUUGUCCGAUUCGAUGGAUCCAUGGCACAGAAAACACGAAAAGCAGUCAUUGAGGAAUUUACUGCCAGUAAGAAGGGAAUGGUACUUCUGUUGAGUCUGAGAGCGGGUGGUGUUGGACUAAACUUGACCAUGGCGAAAAGGGUCUACAUGAUGGAUCCUUGGUGGAGUUUCGCUGUUGAAGCGCAAGCUAUCGACCGAGUACAUCGCAUGGGCCAGACAGAUGAAGUAAAAGUAUGCAGGUUCAUUGUCAAAGAAAGCAUCGAAGAGAAGAUGCUGAAGAUACAAGACCGGAAGAAGUUCAUUGCGAGUUCUUUAGGCAUGAUGAGUGACGAAGAGAAGAAGCUACAGCGAAUCGAGGAUAUCAAGGAACUUCUCAGCUGAUGCAGAUGCAUGGUUGUAUUAUGCUGGAGGAUUGUGGGCUGUACAUAAGAUGGAUGGGAGGCUUGGGUGUGCUGCAUUUUCACGGAGCUUUGGGAAGUUAUGGCACAGGUUAUGUGCGACACGCACCAUAGAGGUUAUUUCAGCAGCCAAAUGGAAGGACACAUGCGUCUCAGCUCAACAUUGAAGAAGCCAAGCGACGCAUAUUCUCGCAUUUCAGUAUUCCAUUUCAUAAACUGAAUUUCACUAUUUACAAAUGCUAAAUGUCGGCUUUGUUCAAGGGAAACGAGAUACCCAAGG